UAGUCCUUCCUGUAAAGGUUCUGUUGCUUAAAAUGGCUUCUUCCACCUCUAUUCACACCUCCAAACACAGCAAAAAUGGUUAUGACUAAAAAUGAAGCAUAGCAUUUUGCAGUGUGAAAUAUUCCUAAUUCUGUUUUAACGCUAUAAAUAAUUAAUGUGCUGAAUUAUUCUUCCCAAAUAGUUUCACUUUCUAUCAUAAUUUAAUGAUAAUAAUCAUCUUCAUAUAUAAGCAUCAUCAGAGAAACAACCAUUGAAUUAUUCCUGGAAUCUAAGCUUAUACUUCAAGGGAAAGACACCAUUACCCUCUUUUCUUCAGUUAAUUUAGCUGAUUCCAUGUUGUCUUUUUCCUCUGAUUGUACAACUAGCUAUUUGCUAUUCUAAGAAUAAGGUUGCGUACAACUGAUUUCUUAUUCCCUGCCUAGACGAGAGUUUAGUUUGAAGCAUAGAGUAAAAACAAGGCCGCAUCGGAUCACACAUCAGCUGCAUUGUAAAGGUUUUCAAAAUAAACAAACCAAUAUUCCCGCCUUAUAACGGUGUAAAAAAAUCGCGUUUUUGGUUGUAUCAAGGGAUAUCUUAUAGUGUUAAAUUAGGCUGGACUUAUUGUAAAUGCCAGCAUAUUAACGGGGGACACAAGUGCACACACUUCAUAAGCCAAAGAGAUAUAUACCAUCCCAAAACCAUAUGGCAAUGGGAAGAAGGUCUCUAAUAGCUUAUAAAGCGUGCACACCAUUUUUAAUUUAUCGAUGUGGAAUAACUCAUCCCAACACCCCCCUCACAUGCGAACCCCCGUCAAGUUCGCAUGUGGGAGUAAUCAAUUAGGGUAGGAACGCCAUUCUUUUCGAACCUACCAUUUUUAAAUUGUUGAUCGAACCAUCGGCUCGGAUACCAUGUUAAAUUAGGCUGGACUUAUUGUAAAUGCCAGCAUAUUAACGAGGGACACAAGUGCACACACUUCAUAAGCCAAAGAGAUAUAUACCAUCCCAAAACCAUAUGGCAAUGGGAAGAAGGUCUCUAAUAGCUUAUAAAGCGUGCACACCAUUUUCAAUUUAUCGAUGUGGAAUAACUCAUCCCAACAUAUAGUUUUGACUGAUUUUUAGGCGCUAUAAUAACCGCAUCACUCCUAUUGACGCAUCAGCGUUCCGUAACCACAUUCGCGACUGUUAUCGUAUUUUUUACACUAUUGGUGGAAGUCACUUAAUACUAGUAUAUUUUUGAAUAAAGUUUCCUGCUUUGGUUGCGCAACAUUCUUAGAAGAAUAUCAUAAGCUACAUUUAUUUUUUAGACUGCCAUGCACAUGACAUGCAGGUUAAUUGUUGUAAAUACAUGUGGAAGAUGACUUAAAGGAUUAAUAUAAUGUGAUAAAGGCAUUGACCCAAUAUUGAAGGAAGACUAGUAGUUUGUCAACUUAGACUGCCUAAUACAUUCCUAUAUAAGUAGUUGUUUGCAUUGCUGCAAACUAUCAUUCCUCAAACAAUCUUGUUUAUCUGUUAAUAAGAAUUAAUUAAUAUUUUAUUUUGAAAAUUUCGUUUCAAGUUGAGAAUACUUGGUUGAAGAUGGCUUUGCCCAAGAUGUUUUAUCUUGGGUGUAUUCUUUUGUUGUUGGCCGUCAUGGUAGAGGCCGCAACUCCUCCUGGAAUUGCGAAAAAUCCUUCGCAUGCAACAUGUAACAUCAAGAAGUAUAAGCAUUGCUACAACUUACCUCAUGUUUGUCCCAAGUUUUGUCCUGAUAGUUGCACAGUUGAAUGUGCUUCUUGCAAGCCUCUUUGUGUUCCUGGAUCAUCACCGCCAACAGAGGAUGAAGGCGGUGAUGAUGGUGGUGAUAAGGGUGGUAAGAAAGGAGGAGACGAUGAUAAGGGUGGAUAUGAUGAUGAUCAAAGUGGUAAGAAAGGAGGAGAUGAUGACAAGGGUGGUAAGAAAGAAGGAGAUGAAAAUGAUAAUGGUGGCAAGAAGGGUGGUGAUGAUGAUGAGGGUGGUAAGAAAGGAGGUGCUGGUGAUGAUAAGGGUGGUAAAAAGGACGGUGAUAAUGAUAAGGGUGGUAAGAAAGAAGGUGAUGGUGAUGAUAAGGGUGGUAACAAGGGUGGUAAUGAUGAUGAUAAUGGUGGUAAAAAGGGCGGUGAUGAUGAUAAGGGUGGUAAGAAAGGAGGUGACGGUGAUGAUAAAGGUGGUAAAAAGGGCGGUGAUGAUGAUGAUAAGGGUGGUAAGAAAGGAAGCGAUGGUGAUGAUAAGGGUGGUAAAAAGGGUGGUGAUGAUGAUAAUUCAGGAUCACCGACAUCCCCUUCAACUCCUCCAAACUAUUCUCCCCCAACACCUUCUACACCUUCUCCUUCUCCUUCAACCCCCUCUCCAUCCACCCCUACCCCACCAUCUUCACCAUCUCCAUCUCCUCCCACACCUUCAUCUCCAUCAUCGCCUCCUUCACAAACACCACCAAGCCCUACACCGACAUCCCCAUCACCGGCCUACACACCUAAUCCUUCUCCAAAGCCUCCAACACCAUCUCCUUCUACUCCCUCCACACCCUCAACACCAUCUCCUUCUCCCUCAACACCGUCUCCCUCCACACCCUCAACUCCAUCCCCUUCCACACCCUCAACACCAUCUCCUUCUACUCCCUCCACACCCUCAACUCCAUCCCCGUCAACACCCUCAACUCCAUCCCCGUCAACACCCUCAACUCCAUCCCCGUCAACACCCUCAACACCAUCUCCUUCUACUCCUUCAACACCAUCUCCCUCCACACCCUCAACUCCAUCUCCUUCUACUCCUUCAACACCAUCUCCCUCCACUCCCUCAACUCCAUCUCCUUCUACUCCCUCAACACCAUCCCCUUCCACACCCUCCACACCAUCCCCUUCCACUCCCUCAACACCAUCCCCUUCGACUCCCUCAACGCCGUCUUCUCCACCUCCAAAUUCUUCUGGUGUUGCUGCUAGGAAGAGAGUUCGAUGCCAAAACAAGAACUAUGGACAGUGCUACAAUCAACCCCAUGUUUGCCCUGCCAAUUGCCCCACUUCAUGUCAAGUUGAUUGUGUUACUUGCAAGCCUGUUUGCAGUUGUGACUAUCCAGGAGCAGUAUGCCAAGAUCCUCGUUUCAUUGGUGGAGACGGAAUCACCUUCUACUUCCAUGGCAAGAAAGACCAAGACUUUUGUCUAGUAACAGACCCCAACCUCCACAUCAAUGCACACUUCAUAGGCAAAAGAAACAUAAACAUGGGACGCGACUUUACUUGGGUUGAGUCCAUCGGAAUCCUCUUUGACAACCACCGCCUCUUUAUAGGAGCCAAAAAGACCUCCAUAUGGGACGAUGCCAAAGAUCGCCUCUUAAUAGCUUUCGAUGGAGAACCCCUAUAUCUUGAGGAAACCCUAGGCUACGAAUGGAAGUCCACAUCCACUCCUCAAGUAACCAUAACAAGGGCUAACACCGGAACCAACAAUGUCAUUGUUGAAGUCCAAGGAAAACUCAAAAUCGCGGCUAAAGUUGUACCUAUCACCGAGGAAGAGUCUAGGAUUCACAACUACGGAAUUACCCAAGAGGAUUGCUACGCGCAUCUUGAUCUAGGAUUUAAGUUUUACUCAUUAACCGGGAAAGUUGAUGGAGUGUUAGGAAAAACAUACGGCAAUGACUAUGUUAGCAAAGUGAACGUAGGAGCUAAAAUGGCGGUUAUGGGAGGCGAUAAAGAUUAUGCUGCUAGUAACAUUUUUGCUACCGAUUGUUUGGCUUCGAGGUUUAAUGGUGAUCAAGAAGAGAGUUCAUUGGAGGCUUUGGAGCUUGCCCAUAUGAACUGUUCUAGUGGAAUGCAUGGUGAUGCUGGGUUAGUUUGCAAGAGAUGAUCAACUUAAAAGCAAAAAAUUCCAAUUUACCUAAGAGUUUUACUAAAAGGUUUAUAAGAUUAUAACACUUAAAUUAUUAGUUGUAUAAUAAAAGAUAUGAUGUAAGAAACUUACAAGCAUAUGAUUAUACUAAUGAUUUCAAUUUUCUUGU